UGCCAUUCUAUUCCUUCUUCUGGCCUGCUGCUGGCAAUGUACAUGAAUGAUGCUCUCUAAUCGCUUUCGAACUUUGGUUUCGUCACUCCUCGACUCGAGUUUCCCUUCGACGCUAUGAUGCAUCAAACUUAGGUCUUUCUUAGAUCUCCACGAAGGCCCAUCGUUUCGCUCUCGGAAAAUGUCGGAGCCACGUUUCACAAUCACUCUCGGUCCCUCUCGUCAGGUGGUAAAGAGGGGAGGAAGAGUAAAGGAGUAUGCGCAUCCACAUGCCGAUACUAAAGCAAUGACUGGCAGCAAACGUUUUUGGGGGGAGAAAGGAAGGAGUAGUGCCAAUAAUUUGUCCUCGUCAACAAGGAAGCGUCAGCGAGGAGAUGGUAACUGGAGUUGGGAUGAUGAUGGAGUGCAUGAUCUUGGGAUUAGUCGAGAUGAUCUCCGGUUGAAACUGAUGCGCAAAAGCCUGAAGCGAAUUCGUAGGGCUGCUGAAGAGCGUAGGAAGAUGGAUCAACGCAAAAAGUUUUCAAAGACUAGUCAGCCUUUAGUGAGUCAUAACAUGAUGCAUCAGAGGUCUGAGCCAACAGAAAAUGGUAUUUCGUGGCAAAUGCCAUCCAUGGAAAGAUCAAGGUUUAAAGCUUCAAGGGGACUCCCACCACCAGUAAGCUUUGAGGACGUGCGGCAAGUAUCAUCAGUAAGGGUAGCUGAUCCCUCAAGAGCUGGAUGGUUUAUGAACAGUAAUGCUACUUCUAGGCGAAUAAAUUCUGCGCCUUUUACCAUGAAAGGUCCUCUUGAAAAUUCCAAGCCAGUUACACAGCUUGCACCUAUGACUAGCUUUGGGCAGAAAAGUUCUCAUACGGUAGUUGAAUCUGUCACUGUUGAUGGCCUGUUGCAAUCACUUGGUUUGGGGAAGUACAACAUUCAUUUCAGGGCUGAAGAGGUGGACAUGACGGCCUUGAAGCAGAUGGGUGAUAAGGACCUCAAAGAGAUGGGGAUACCAAUGGGACCAAGGAAGAAGAUCCUCCUAGCUCUCUUGCCCCAUUCUAGACGACGACAGCCAUAACUGCAGAAGUUAAAUUGCCUCAUCAACUUUCGAGAUGUCUGUUUUCCCUGUAAUUCUAAAAUUGGAGUAUACAUUAACAAGUUUACUGAGUGUAUGUAUUAUUGAGGUUGAGAUGUGAGAGGAUUGCUUCAUGUAAUAUUGACCUUAAAAGCACUUGCUUAAAAACAGAUCUUGAUUGAUUUGUUUAUAACAAAGCGUGGAGGAUUGCAUAGUGAAA